AUGUUGAUGGCGGGCGCUCUGCCGGCCGAGUCCGAUGGACUGCUGGCAUUGGGUUCGCUCCCCGGCCAGAAAGACACCACCUGGACCAAACUCUUCGUAGGCGGCCUGCCAUAUCACACCACGGAUAAGAGCCUGAGAGAACACUUCGCUGUAUACGGAGACAUCGAGGAAGCUGUUGUCAUUACAGACAGACAGACCAGCAAAAGCAGAGGAUAUGGUUUUGUAAUAAUGGGCGAUCGGGCAGCUGCUGAACGCGCCUGCAAGGAUCCCAACCCUAUUAUCGACGGCAGGAAAGCAAACGUCAACUUAGCAAUCCUUGGAGCAAAGCCCAGAGGAAAUUUGGCGCCAGGAUUCGGACUAGCGGCGGCCGCUGCGGCCGGCGUCCGUGCAGGAUAUCCUACAGUACUGCCCGCACAUUACGGGUUGUCCCCGGGGUACGUGUACGGUGCCCCAGGAUAUGUGGGCGCCAUGAGCGGGGUGGGCGCCAGCGUGGGCACUGGAGGGGGCUUGGUGCAGUUGCCGCAACUACAACACGCUGCGGCAGUGGCUGCUGCGAACCAUCUUUAUGAAUACCAGGCGGCCGCCGCUCAAGGAGCUGCUGCAUAUCAACAGCAAUACGCUGCUGCUGGAUUCGAUCCGUAUGCAACUGCUGCAGCAGCAGCAGCAGCAGCCAGCGGUGCCGGCUACAUGUCUCCAUACUACACUCUCCAAGGCGGCGGUGUACAGGCUCCAUUAUUGCCACCAUUGCCAUAUCCACCACAGCUACAAGAAGCGCGAAUGCAAUAA